UGGGGGCGAUGAAACCGAUCUCUCAACAAUCUCUUCUAUAUAAACCCUCACUCCCCAUCAUUGACUCUUACAAUCUCCUUUCUCUAUAAUUUCUUUCUCUGCACGCCUCUUUUUCUCAGAUCUCAGAUUCAUCCACCAUGUCUUGCUACAGAGGAAAGUAUGCUGAUGAGCUAAUUGCCAAUGCUACUUACAUUGGCACACCUGGCAAGGGUAUUCUUGCUGCUGAUGAGUCAACCGGUACAAUCGGGAAACGUCUAUCCAGCAUCAAUGUUGAGAAUGUCGAGUCAAACAGGAGGGCUCUUCGUGAGCUUCUUUUUUGCACUCCUGGUGCUCUCCAAUACCUCAGUGGAGUCAUUCUUUUCGAGGAAACUCUCUACCAGAAGACAGCCGCAGGUAAGCUAUUUGUGGAUGUCAUGAAGGAAGCUGGAGUCCUCCCCGGUAUCAAGGUUGACAAAGGUACGGUCGAGCUUGCUGGAACUAACGGUGAGACCACAACCCAAGGUCUAGACGGUCUGGCCCAGCGAUGUGCACAAUACUACUCAGCCGGUGCCCGGUUCGCCAAGUGGCGUGCAGUUCUUAAGAUUGGCCCGCACGAGCCAUCACAACUUGCCAUCAACGAGAACGCCAACGGGCUAGCCCGAUACGCCAUCAUCUGCCAAGAGAACGGUUUGGUCCCAAUUGUCGAGCCCGAGAUUCUUGUAGAUGGACCCCAUGACAUCAACAAGUGUGCUGAUGUAACCGAGCGUGUUCUCGCUGCUUGCUACAAAGCUCUUAACGACCACCAUGUUCUUCUCGAGGGAACACUUUUGAAACCCAACAUGGUUACCCCCGGUUCUGACGCCAAAAAGGUCGCACCAGAAGUCGUCGCUGAGUACACCGUCCGUGCACUUCAACGAACCAUGCCACCAGCGGUCCCAGCCGUUGUGUUCUUGUCAGGUGGUCAGAGUGAAGAGGAGGCUACAGUUAACUUGAACGCCAUGAACCAGUACAAGGGCAAAAAACCAUGGUCGUUAUCUUUCUCGUUCGGGCGGGCCCUACAACAGAGCACCCUUAAGGCUUGGGCUGGGAAGGAAGAGAAUGUGGCGAAAGCUCAGGCCGCUUUUCUUGCCAGGUGUAAGGCUAACUCUGAGGCGACCCUUGGAACGUAUCAGGGCGGUUCUGGGUUGAGCGAAGGCGCAUCUGAAAGCCUCCAUGUUAAGGACUACAAGUACUAAACAUUGCUCUCAGGUAAUUCUUCACUGAUUUGUGUUUUUAGUGACGAUUUUUGUAUGGACGGGGCGGGUUUUAUGUUUUGAACGUGUUUCUAUGUUUGUUUUUUGUUUUUACGCCUGGGUAGCGGAUUGCUGUAAUAAGUAUGAGAAACAUUUGCUCGUUUGAGAUUGAUUCAUAUAUCAAAUGCUUCAGGUUUUAAUGCA